AUGGCAAAAGGGUCCACUGCCACCUUGCCACUGGGGAAGAUGUGGAAGGGGACCGUGGGGUGCCGCCCAGGAGAUCGCUUCACCUGCUGUCCUCAAGAGCAAGACUGCUGUGACGUGUGCUGCUGUCUGCCCUCCUGCUGUGGCUGUGGCUCUGGCUGCGGAAGCUGCGGGUCCUCCUCCUGCGGAUCUGGCUACGGGGGCUGCGGAGGUUGCUGCAGCAGCUGCUGUGGCUCCAGCUGCCGUGGCCCCUCUGGGUGCUGCGGCCCUGUGUGCUGCCAACCCAGGCCUGUCUGUGAGACCAGAUGA